AUGGCAGCGAGUAAUGUAUAUGCAAAAUGCCAUAAACCUUCACCCAGAGAGCAGCAAACUUCGCAGUUCAGAGACCAGAAAAAAGAUAAUAUUUUCCGGAUCAGGCCCACAAUAGCCGGUGUCUGGAUUCCUGAAUUUCAAUCAGCCAACGAGCUUGCUGAGGAUUUGGAUCAUACCCGGACUCACAUUAGACUUCCUGUCAUAGACCUUGAUGGUCUUUUAAAUGAUCAUCACAGGAAGAUUGAACGGGGCUUUUUCCAAGUGGUGAACCAUGGGUUGCCACCCAGUGUAUUGAACAAUAUAAUAGAUGGGGUAAGAAAGUUUAGUGAACGAGAUCUUGAUGAAAAGAAAGAGUUCUACUCGCGUGAUCGAGCUAGAAGAGUGAGAUUUAACCGUAACUAUGAUUUGUUUCAGUCAAAUAGAGCUGACUGGAGAGACACGUUGUCCGUUUCCAUGCCCACUUCUGAUCAUGUUGAACCCAAUGAAUUGCCCACCUCAUGCCGGUAG